AUGCCUCCUUUUAGAAAGCGACAGAGAAGACAGGUUGAACACAGCACUGGAAUUGACUUUACGAAACAUCUAUUUUCGGAUGAACUCGUUCUUGGUACUUUUUCUUAUCUUACAGCUCUUGAUUUGAUUGAAUGUGGCAAAGUCAAUCGUUCUUGGUCUCGUUUAGCGCGUGAUCCAGGCUUAUGGAAACCUUUAUAUCAAGAUCGUUUCAGUACGCCUUUGACCAACUUUAAACUCAAAUGGAAACUCGCUAUUGAAAAUGAACCAGAUACUAUUAAUUGGAAAGAAGAAUAUCGCAUUCAUCAAAACUUUUUAUCAGGUAAAAUAAUAAUAAUAAUAAUAACAAUGUAUUUAUUACUUAAACUUAACAAUCAACAAUAUACUUUGGCUAUUGGUCAUCAACAGGGUGGAUUCAGCUUGUGGACUUUUAUUGUAGAGGGAUCGAAAUCAAUCAAGGUGACAAACGUGAAACGAUCCAAUGAUGUUGGAGCUAGGGAUUCCGUGGUCGCGAUAGAUACUUGUCCUUCAAUUACGAUCAUAUGUACUUCUAGUAUGAAACUCUUGGCAUUCGAUACCACCCAACAACAACCUCGACAAAUCUUCACCUUACAUAGUCCUAUACCUUGGUCCUCCAUUCUUCUUCAUUUGGCUCCAUCUUCUCUUCAUCGUUGGCGUGCUCUCUUAUGUUUUGGAAUGCCUGCUGGAUUACAUUCAUCUUUAGGUGUUCAGGAAAUGAUCUUUACAUUGGAUGGACUUGUCUCAUCUCGACACUCAUCGACUCUUUGUUAUGAUCAACCCUUCCUAUUACCAGGAUCAACAACGGAACUUGACAAUCCAAUCAUGACAUCCAUGACAUAUUCUGAACCUUUUUUGAUGACAGCACAUACCAACAAUACUAUCAGACAAUACAGAGUUAUAUCUACAUCAAGUGAUUUCCGUUUUGAAUUUGUCAGGACAUUAUUUGGUCAUACUUGUCAGGUUACCUCUUUAGCCAUGCACUCAGAACAAGGACGAUUGAUAAGUGGAUCUAGAGCUGGACUCAGGAUAUGGGAUAUGUUAAGUUUGGAUCAAUACAAGAAACGAGGGAAGGAUUAUGUGGUAACUCUCAAACCUGAAGAUGAAGAUGAUGACAAGACGAAAAUGCCAAUGGAUGAUAUUAAUUGGAUACAAAUGGACAAAGAUAAAAUCGUUGCCUUGUUACAAAAUAGGGAAACCCAUUGCCAUUGGUUGAAGGUUUGGUCUUUUGAUUCUUGA